GUCGGAGUCCACGUCUAAUAAAACAGAAAAUCACACCACUGAUCGAUGGAAAGCGGCGUAUUGUCGUUAUAAGUCCGUCGUCUCUGCUCCGCAACGAAUCCUCAUACGUAGUAGGGACUCGACGCGACUCGCGCUCCUGUCCGCGAAAUCGCGGAGAUGUCGCCAGUGUUGCUGGACUUCAGUAUCGGUGGACGGCGGUGCGACUGAGAGCCGUGUAGAUCUCCUGUUUCAAGUCGAACAUAUUAUCGUUUUGGAUUCCUCAAUUCUCAACAUGUCCUUCGAAGUCGUCCUGCAUCCCUCUCGCACCGUUGUUAAAGGCCCUCCUCUUCAGUCGUUUUUGCGUCUCUGGCCUGAGGUCUUUCCUUAAGGUCACUUUUCUUCUUCUAUUCUAUUCAACUUUGAUCGUUCAAGAUCGCACCGAUGAAGCAUAUCUCUAGGUCCAUUACUUUGGGUUUUGCCCUUGCUGGUGCAGCAACGGCGGGCGUCCAAGAACAACAGGUUAUCCCGCCUCAACAUGUCAUUUCACCAGAAUCAUCUUGCUCCGAGACACAGGAAGGAGCCUUCACGCAGCAUGGAUUCGAAGACUGCCUGGCGAAGCAGGCGAUGUCCAUCUUUUACCCCGAAGAUGAAGAGUACGCACCAAUGAUCUACCCUUACAAUCUCCGAAUUCCCAUAUACCCGAAAGCCGUGGUGGUGCCUGAAGAUGCACAGGGCGUGUCAUUAGCAGUGCGAUGCGGGCACCAAUGCGGACUGAAGGUGCAACCUCGAUCAGGGGGCCACUCAUUCGGCAAUUUUGGGCUGGGCGGAAAAGACGGCCAGCUGGUUAUCAGCAUGCAGAACUUCCAGGACGAGAUCGAAAUCGACGAACAGGGCAUCGCCAAGGUCGGUACCGGUUACAGGCUCGGGAACGUUGCGCUCUCUAUAUAUGAGAAGGGGAAGAGGGUUCUUGCUCAUGGCACAUGUCCCGGCGUUGGUGUUGGUGGUCAUUUCACUCACGGCGGUAAUGGAUACUCAAGCCGCCGAUAUGGUCUUGCUGUGGACCAGAUUGUUGGUCUCGACGUUGUCACCGCGGAUGGCGCCAUCGUUUAUGCCAGCGAGAAGCAGAAUCGCGAGCUUUACUGGGCUCUUCGUGGCGCCGCUGACUCUUUCGGAAUCAUUACAACAUUCUACCUUCAAACCAGUCCAGCCCCCGAGAAUGUCGUCUGGUACUCAAUUCGUGCCAAUAUGGACAUCCUCAAGAAUGAGACCCAAUUUGUGCACUACUUCGAGCACAUGCAGAACUUCGCGCAGAAUGCUACUAUCGUCGACCGCAAUCUGGGCAUGGGCAUGUACUAUGACAACUGGAACCACCACUUGUACGGAACCUACUUUGGCUCCGAGGAACACUUCCGAGAGAACAUCUGGCCGUCCAUGCGGGAUGCAUAUCUUCUGGAACCCCAGUCAAUCGUCAUCGCCUCUGUCAGCUGGCCCGAGUCGCUCCAGAACUUAGCAGAGAAAGUCCCGCUCCAGCAGCCGAAGUUCGGAUAUGACAUGGCAUCCAACUUCCAUUCGACCGCCCUCACCAUCCCCAGCACGAACUUGGUCACCCGCGAUGCCUGGGUCAACUACUUCAACUACAUCCAGACCCUUCCCAACAUCGCCGACGACGGCGUCGGCUGGUUCGGAAUGUUGGGUCUCGAAGGGGGUCCGGAUUCCCAAGUCCAGCGGAAAGAUCGCGACGAAAACUUCGCCGCCUACCACCGCAAGGACAAGUUCUGGGACUUCCUCCACUAUUCGUACGUGCCCGAUGAGACCACACCGCAAGACUUCCCGCUCUGGUCGAUUGAAGUUGCCGACGGCCUCACGGCGGCGAUUAUGGACGCCAUGCCCAGUGCGGAAUUUGGCAUGUACAUGAACCAUGUGGACCCCACGUUGAACAAGGAGGAGGUUAUCAAAUAUUAUUACGGCGGCGAGACGCUGUACACGCGGUUGCAGAAGGCAAAAGCGGUAUGGGAUCCCGAGGAGGUGUUCUGGAAUCCACAGAGCAUUGCACCCGCGCCUCGCUCCAGGUCUGGCUGGUCCAAACUGGGGCUGGGGAACGUUUUCCGCACUCUGCAAAUUGCUCCUUCGAUCGUUCCGGAGCUUUAGGUGCAGAGUCCUUUCCUUUCAGACGAGGUAAUGGAUUAAUCGGGGGUGAGGUUUUAGGGGGCUUUUGACAUGCAUUCAACGGCCGGGGCUUUGAUCCUCAGUAUUAUACGGAAUUCCAUAGAUGUAGUAACGGUGUCUUGAU